AGCCCUCGCUGGUGAUUGCCACUCAAUAUGUUCAAGUACCCAACUUAUUUCUUGUACCUUUUUGUCCUGUUAGAUCCGCAGGCAGCCCAGGAAAAUAGCUGCCACAAAGUUCCACUAAGCGAACGAAUUAAACAACGCGGAGAAUUCACCCUUGUCGAUUUUGAACCACAGCUAAAGGCAAUUUUGAAAAAUCCACAUAUAGAAGUGCUCGGCAAAAUUGAAGGUCACGUGGGGCACACAGUAAAUAAAAUACAGUCCAUGCAAUCAGUGACUCUAAACCAAUCGAAGGCUUUGCUGGCUGAUUUGGAUCUACAAAGCAAAUUGGAAUAUCUGGACGCAGCGCUGCAGAAGGCAAACCAAGCCCUGCACUGCUCACUCGAAAACAAAAAGGUCACGUCCACUGGGAAACCCCCUCCGGAAUUCCAGAAGUUGGGCUCGAGGUAUUUUUACAUCGAGAGGCAUGUCAGGCAGAAUUGGUUCGAUGCCGCGGAUAAAUGCCGUAGGAUGGGCGGUCACCUGGCGACGCCCCAAGACGAGGAUGAACUGUACCUCAUCCGGAAGGAGCUUAUAGCCAGAUGGUAUUGGCUAGACAUUAGCAACCUGGUCAAUAAGCACCAAUACAUUUCUCUGGCAUCCGGAAAAUCAGUUUCAUAUCUAAAUUGGCGAAACGGGGAGCCCAAAAACAGUUCUAAUGCAAACUGUGCCUAUUUAUACGCCGGGGAUUAUUACACAUAUCAUUGCAGCGACAGAAACUAUUUCAUUUGCCAGGCUGCGUAA